AUGGACAUCUUGUACAUCUUCAUGAGAGCUCACAAUAGUGCAGGGCUGUCUGACACACAGCGGAGUGCCAGCUCUAGUGGGGAAUACACAGAUGUGACUGUACGGCAGACAAAUCUGCCAGUAUAUAGGGGUGGAUGGGGGAUAGACAAGGACUCCAGCCCCCAAAGUUCCGGUCGCCAUGGUGACCCCCGGGAAAAAGAUGGAGUAGGAAUAAGCAGGGAGAGAUACAGGAGGUCUGCUCCUGUGUUUGUACUUUCUGAGGAAAUGUCCAAUGGUCAGCCCAACAGAGCUAAUACAUCCUUGACUGGUCGUGUGAUUCGUAGAUAUCAAGGGGCUCAGAGCCUCAAUUUGGAUUCUACCCCAUCCUCUCCCGACUCUCCAGGGGAUACAUGUGGAUGUAGGAUACCUGGUAUGAGGUCAGACAGGGUUCACCCAGUUAGUGGUAGUACCCAGAGUCCAGCACGUGUCAGUUUUCAGGAUCCUACACGUCUAACUGUUCGCCAAAAUGACCAGCGAUCCUCCCAUGAACAGAGGAGGUACAGACGGGCAGAGACUGUAUGUACUGCCCGGCCCCAUACUAUGGCAGAUUACAGCCAAUACUCGGAGUACCUGUAUUAUUACCAGACAUUGCCAAGGCAUCAACCUCGAGGGUCCAAUAGUUACCUGUCGGAAAAUGUAGACGAUAAGAUCCAGAGACUGGAGACAGACAAACAGAGUCUGGCCCUUCAAGUCAGUGUGCUGUCAGAACAGGUGGAAGCCCAGAGUGAGAAAAUCCGGGAACUGGAGCUUGGUCUGGACGAACGACGGGACAGGCUACUACAGGCAGAGAAAAUGUUACAAUCGGAACUCCUGACGCGGACGUCACUUGAGACGCACAAACUAGACAUGAUGGCGGAAAUAUCCAGCCUCAAGAUCAAGCUAGCCUCUUCUGACAAGGACAGGAGGGACCUUGAUGACCGACUAAAAAUUUCACAGAGACAGAUUAAGGAAGUGGAAUCCAAGUUGGCCUUACGAGAUGCAGAGAUCACAGAGCUUCGUCAACGACUGGUGCGCAAUGGUACUGUGCUGACUCCUGACUCCAACGGAUCUGAGUCUCUACUCAGUGUUAGUGACCGCCCUGUAGAGAAAGAGAAAACAUUAGAUAGACUAAAACGCAAGCAAUAUGAAGUGGAAAAGUUAAAGAAAGCUGUAGAUGCCUUAAUGUACUCUAACCAGGAAAAGGAUAAAAGAAUAGAAGAAUUAAGAAAAUUAUUAAAACGUUACAGAAAAAUAGAGGAAAUGGUGAUACAGGCUCAAGGAAGGAAAGCUUUAGAAGAUAUGAUCAUCAAUGCAGAGGAUGACACAAGUUCAACCAGUUCUAAUACCCCGUCCGUUUCUGACAGUGUCCCCAGGGACCAGCAUGAUGGUUACGAUAGACACCACCCAAGUGCCACAAGUACUCCAGUCCACUCUUACCUGGACAAUGGAAACCACACACCCUCACCGUCCAGUCAGAUGUCUACCCCCUCCCACAGAAUGCCUGGCAUACAGCGGUCAAACAGUGCAGAGGAUGUCACACCCACCAAUCAAAAAAAAAAGACAGUUUCAAACAACAAUCACCACGAAGGCUACAGUAACGGGAGUAACAACAAUAGUUUUGGUACGUUACCUAAAGAUCGUGUUCAGAGCGCGGACUUGGAUCACACAGAAGUGCGAAAGUCUAGGGGGUUCCCGAGUCUGGGCAAAUCUCUGUUUCGGGUCAAAACAGGCAAAAGGAGUACCUCCGCCCCAAACCUAGGUGACGGGAAUACAACUAUUGAGAACGUGCCUGUAAAAUCUAGACUUUCAGCUCAUACCGAGGUAGUGACUGACGACGAAGACGGACUCCAACACGUAGGCAUGGCAUCAGACAUACCAUCAGAGGUGAAGAAAAAGAAGGGCCUCAAACGCUUCUUUGGCAAACUUAAGCGGAGUGGUUCACAAGACUUCCAUGAAAGAGAGAGAGUGGAACAGUUUAGAAGAGGGGGAGUGAGAGCAACAGCUUCAGGGAGAAUUGGAUGGUCAAAGGAACUCAAAUAUAACGAUGACAUGCCUUUCUCACGGUGGGACAGUGAGCGAGUGACUGCAUGGAUGAAUGACAUUGGUCUCAACAUGUAUCUGGUGGAAUGUCGGCGAUGGGUGAAGAAUGGGGAGCAACUCCAGAGAGCCAGUGCCCAUGAACUGGAAAAGGAUAUGGGAGUGAAAAACUGUUUACACAGAAAGAAGUUACAGUUAGCCCUUCAAGCUAUUACAGCCAACUCAAAGGAUCAACUCAGCAUCCUAGAUCAUAACUGGGUCACACGUUGGCUGGAUGACAUUGGACUCCCUCAGUACAAAGAUGUGUUUUAUGAUGCCAGAGUGGAUGGACGAAUGUUGCAUUUCCUCACAGUGGAGGACCUGCUGGCUCUGAAGGUGACAAGUGAGCUCCAUCAUAUCAGCAUCAAGAGGGGCAUCCAGGUCCUUCGCUCCAAUAACUACAAUCCCCAGUGUCUGAGGCGGAGACCCUCACCUGACGAGGGACAGCUACAGAACAUCCCAGGUGGUGUGGUAUUAUGGACUAAUCACAGAGUCAUGGAAUGGUUACGUACCAUUGAUCUGUCCGAAUAUGCCCCCAAUCUCCGGGGAAGUGGCGUACAUGGUGCCCUAAUGGUACUGGAACCACGGUUCAAUGCAGAGUUGUUUUCACAGUUAUUGUCCAUCCCUACAAAUAAGACACUGUUGAGGCGACAUCUCAACACUCACUUUGUAGCUCUGAUUGGUAACGAGGUACAAAUCAAGAAGAGAGAGGCAGAGUCACUGCCAGGUUACAUACCUCUGGUGCUGAAUGCUAAGGUUAAGAACAGGAAGUUUGGUUUGUUUGGUCACAAAAGGAGCAAAUCUGAUGCUGAGGCAGACAGCUUUAUCUGUCCAAUGGACAAUGGCUUUUCAAAUGGAAUGACACGCAGAGAUAAGGAGAAAGCAGAAAAGGCAGCAAAAGAAAUUGGUGCUUUCUCGAAAGAGAUUAAUUCAUUAACAAACAUGUUGCAGAGUGACCUUGAUGAUGUGCCAACCUCGACUGUGUGACACACCCACUUGAUCUGUGAACAUUAUGUGACACACCCACUUAUGGUUAACACUAUGUGACAUACCCCCUUAGUGAAAAUGUGAACACUUGAGUGCAGAAGCCUUUGCUUUUCAAACAUUUGUGAUCAUCAUCUAUUUGCCAAAGUUUCAGCUUACAAAAAGCUAGCAAGUUCUCAGGGGAGGGGAACCUUACCUUACAACAGUGAUAAAUUAUGCAGAGUAGGGAAAGGUCGGAGGUUAGCGCAGUCACAGAUUCUGUAGGAUGAUGGAGUACAUGAUGGUGGAAAUACAAAAGGAAAACAAUAUUUACCAAGGAAAUGACCAUUACAUAUGCUCUUCAUGGAACAGUGUCUGAUCUACAGAUAUGUGGCUUCCCAUGCGUUUAUUUCUAUGGAAAAUCAUCAGAAAAAAUGGAUGAUUACAGUUGGAAUAAUUUUAUAAAAGAAUUCUGGCUUUUUGGCUUUUGUUUUAGGGUUGUCUGAAAUCAUUAAUACUAUUAUUAUCACAGUUGCCUCAUAGAUCUCUGUGGCAGAGUGUGUUGUCACCGAUCAAUCUUUGACAUUCGUUUAAAAUGCUCAUCUCAACUACACAAACUGUAUGAAGUGUGUCCGCCAUUCAGCUGUUCUUAAUUUGGUUGUUUUUUCUGAGAAUUGUACAGAAAAUUCUGUAUAUAUGUUCACAGUUGUGUAUAAAACUCCUGUAUAAUGAAUAUAUAUAGUGAAAUCAACAGCUUAUACUACAGUAAAACUAGAGUAGUUUUAUUGUUCAUGAACCAUUUUAUCCAUUCUCUGACAAUUGCGGUAUUGUUAGUGCUUUUUUUAUAUAACGUUAUAUUUUAUACAUUUUACAUUUCAUGCAUUUGAUUGUCAUAGUGUUCAUAAUGAUACGUUUGGAGUUGAUCCGUCUCAUUUGUUCAUUACAUAAAUCAGUCUUAUUCAUUCUGAACACUUUAACGGCUGUAUACAUACCAUCAAUUACAGCUGUUUAUAUCUCAACACCUACAGUCUGUAACGGCUGUACACAUACCAUCAUCUACAGGUGUUUAUAUCUCAACACCUGCAGUCUGUAACGGCUGUAUUCAUACCAUCAUCUACAGGUGUUUAUAUCUCAACACCUGCAGUCUGUAACGGCUGUACACAUACCAUCAUCUACAGCUGUUUAUAUCUCAUCACCUACAGUCUAUAACGGCUGUAUACAACAAUCAUCUACAGCUGUUUAUAUCUCAACACCUACAGUCUGUAACAGCUGUACACAUAACAUCAUCUACAGCUGUUUGUAUCUCGACACCUACAGUCUGUAACAGCUGUACACAUACCAUCAUCUACAGCUGUUUAUAUCUCUAACACCUGCAGUCUGUUACGGCUGUACACAUACCAUCAGCUGUUUAUAUUUCUAACACCUACAGUCUGUAACAGCUGUAUACAUACCAUCAUCUACAGCUGUUUGUAUCUCGACACCUACAGUCUGUAAUGGCUGUACACAUACCAUCAUCUGUUUAUAUCUCUAACACCUACAGUCUGUAACAGCUGUAUACAUACCAUCAUCUACAGCUGUUUGUAUAUCGACACCUACAGUCUGUAAUGGCUGUACACAUACCAUCAUCUACAGCUGUUUGUAUCUCGACACCUACAGUCUGUAACGGCUGUAUACAUACCAUCAUCUACAGCUGUUUGUAUCUCGACACCUACAGUCUGUAACGGCUGUACACAUACCAUCAGCUGUUUAUAUCUUGACACCUACAUUCUUUAACAUAUAGUCAUUGAUGGUUACAUCCAGGUAAUAAAGACAGAUUGUUUAGGCUUUCAUUUCCUCACUCAUGUUAUCAUAGUAUGGUAGUAUCAUCGGGCAUUGAAUGCCUGAAUAUUUGAUUAAUAUUAACACAAUAAUAAUGUUUAUCAAAAUUAUGUUUAUUGAGUUUUCUGUAUGGCAUUUUGAUCUUCAAGCUUGAUGAAGAUAAUUUAAUUAGAGACUUCUUUUUAUGUUUAUUAAAGUUCACAUUUAACUAAAACUAUAUUCAGGUCAUUUGUAUACUAAUUCUUUAAAAAGUAGUAAAAACAUUAUGAUAUUAAAUGCAUUUCAGUACAGAAUUUGUACUGUAAAUUACUCCAGAUUUUCGUCAUAUAUAAAUGUUUUAAGAUGCAGAAUGUUUUUGCUGAAUAAUCAAGACUUGAAUGCAGUUGAUAAGUGGACAUCAUUGUUGUUACAUGCUCACAAGUAACCAGAAUAGUAGGGAAUCAGAACUUGUAUUGAUUACUAAUACCAUGGUUUCCCAGCAAUUGAUACCAGAUGAUGGAUUUGUUCAUGCUUUUAGGCAUUAUGUGUAAAAUUCAUGGUGUAGGCUUGGAAAUAAUUCAUUUUGAUUCAUUAUUUACUGAUUAAAUCUAUGAUACUGCUAUGAUUUCCUUAUCUGCUGGACAGAUAAUAUUGCAGAAAAUGAUUUUAUCAUAGUAUAGUUUCAUUUUUUGUUUUUCUUAAAGUAUCAUAGAAAAAUCGUCACCCAUCCUCAUUUUUUUAAAAUUAUUAUUUCUUAUGAAAAACCUGCCUGUAAAUUUACUCAGAAUUGCCUUAGAGAGUAAUAACACUAGUGUGUCUCCUAAUGAUGUCAUUUUGUACUGAGGAAAACACUUCCUGUGCUCUUAGGGUAACUUUCAACGCUGUCAAAUACGUUCUAGCUACUCUUCUUUGACAAACCCUUAUUUGUUUUUGUAAAACUUUGUGUUUGUUUAUCUUUUUUUAUCCUUUCAUAAUGCAGAUAACUAGGAAAAUUUCAUACUUUUUCUUGAAAAAUAAGAAUCCACAAAACAGACCAUUUCUUUCUUUUCUUUUCAAAGACUUCAAUAUUAACAUUGUAUGUAUUGACAAUACCAUAGCUGAGUUUUCUUCAACAGUUGUGACAAAACUUUUGUAUAUAACAGGAAAUUUUCUGUUUAAAUCUUGUCUUCCAAUUAAAUAAAAUUGAAAACAAAAUUUGUUUUCUUAGAUCAUGUAAUUGUAUUAAUUGUAUACUUACACUGAUGUUUGAAAUGACAUUUUGAAAUUUUAGUUAUGUACUGGUAUUAUACUAUUAUGAAUCCUAUUGAAAUUGUACGACAGUUCUAUUCCAAUUUGAUUGAUUUUUUAAAUCAUUACCAUAAGUUUGUUUUUCAUUUUCCAAAACUCUUCAUAUAACUAUACAAAUAUCAAUCUUGAAACAGUCAAAACGAAAGCAAGAUCUCAUACGUCCUGUCUUUCGGGGAAAUUACCAUUUUUGUUAAACAAAAUCUUCAAGAUUAAAAAUGAAACAAAAAUUAUGAUGAUAUAUAGCAAAUUCUUAUCAAUCUGCCAUGUGGUUAAGUAUUGCAAUGGGGGGAUGGUAUCAAGGAAUUUGAUAAACCUUUUUCUAGGAUGCAUAGGGUGCUCUAAACUAAGAAAGUAAUUGCACACAGUACACAAUGAAAAGACCUCACCAGCAAUGCCUUUACCAAAAGUGGAUGUUGUCAUCAUUUGUUUUGAUUUGUUACUCUGUCCAAUUAGAGAGGCAAACCUUGGAACUUUUCAUUUUUAUUUUGUUUUGUUUUGAUUGAUUUUUUUUCUUUCUUAUUAAUUGGACAUACAAGGUAUGUUCUUACCUUUUUCUUUAUUUUUUCAAUAUGAAAAUUUGUGACACUUUUUAUUCAAAAUAGCAUAUUGAGGCUGUAAAAAUUUUGAAAUGUAUAAAUUAACAAAAAAUGUGAUGAUUGUGGUUGUGGAAACACAUAUGUAAUAAUAAUGUAAUAUUUUGAUGUAAAGUUGUAUGAUUUCAAGAGAUGUAAAAUAUUGUUACCAGGAUUCUAUAUAUUUUCAUUAUGAAAUUAGAUACACAUAUUUAUAGAAUAAUUACACCUCCCUAAACCAGACUGAACUACAAAAUGCUGGCUUUCCAGAUGCUUAAGUAUUUUUCAUAUGUUUGAAACGUUUUUUUAAAGUUAUUGGAGUAAUUAAGUUCCAGUGUACAACCACGACUUAAAACAAGUCCUUCUUCUUUACUUCUCUUUGUUAACCUACGUGUUAGGAAAAAAACCAGGAAGUUAUGCUUCUUCUCUGGUAAUGAAAUGUCACAAGGCCCAAGUUCAUGAAGUUAUGAUGCUAUGCUACCCUAGCUACAAGUUUCUCUUGGAACAUUCACACCUGCUUUAAAGUGGACAUGCAGGUGUUUCUAAAUGUCAUUGAAUAUCUUAAAUGUCUGGUAUAGGUUGGGACCUAAUGUUUAAUCAGUGAUAAGCCCUUAAAUAGCUGCUGAUCUUGGAAGAGCCAAGAGUAAGCCCAUCACAAGGGAUAUAAAUCUGUACUGUUAAAGAGGUCAAUGUGGUGUGCCUUGUUAGAUCUGUGUGCCUACUUCUGGAGGGCACAGUUAUCUCCAUGAUGUUUGAUUUGUGUCCCUUUUUGUGGAGGGCACUGUUGUCUGCCAUGAUGUUAGAUCCGUGUCCUUGCUUCUGAAGGGCACAGUUUUCUACCUUGAUGUAAGAUCUGUGUCCCUACUUCUGGAGGGCACAUUUAUCUACCUUGAUGUUAGAUCUGUGUCCCUACUGCUGAAGGGCACAGUUUUCUACUUUGAGAUAAGAUCUUGGUCCUUACUUCUGGAGGGCACAUUUAUCUACCUUGAUGUUAGAUCUGUGUCCCUACUUGUGGAGGGCACAUUUAUCUACCUUGAUGUUUGAUCUGUGUCCCAGCUCCUGGAGGGCACUGUUGUCUGCCAUGAUGUUAGAUCUGUGUCUUUGCUUCUGAAGGGCACAGUUAACUACCCCUGGAAUUAUCUAUCUGUCAAAAAUGUCGUAGGAUUAUUUCAAAUGUCCGAAACAAUAAGAAAAUCUGCAUCUAGAACUUGUGUAUAUUAAAAUAAUUCUAAUAAUAGAAGGUUGUAGUUGUAGAAUAGUGAUCAUUACUAGAGGUUAAAAUGUGGGAGAUAUUUUCCAUUCACAAAAUCUAAUAAGUAUACUUUACACAAAGUAACUUUUUCAUAUUUACUUUUUGAAAAUUUCAUAAAAGUUGCAAACUUGUUCUCAUAUAUUUUUCAUCUACAUAAUUUUGUAAAGAUAUCCUUAAGUAUUAGAAUUUAAAAUAACUUUCAUUUUGGUUUUGUUAAAUGAUUAUUAAGAUAUUGACAAGGGUUUGGUAGCUCUGUAUGUUUAAUUUCGUACAAGUAUGCAAAUAGUGUGUAAUCGCUGUACCUAAUCCCCAUAGACAGUGUUAUCAUACAAUGUUACAGAUUAUCUAUCAACUUGUACUGUCAGUUUUAUCUUCAAGAUAGGACUACAAGGAAUUUCCUAAACCUUUGGAUUAAUUUUAAAGUUUUAUAUUGAUGAAGAACAUCCAUUUAACAUGAUAAUGAGUGUUGUCAGCUGACAAUACUAUUUUAGAUGAAUCAUUGUUUUUAUUGGAUCUGUAAAAUGUGCAAUGCCAGUACUUUAAUGUUAGUUCUACAUGAUACAGGAAUAAUAAACAUGUAUAUUUUAUGUA